GCGGUCCACAGAUCAAACGCCCCCUCUGUUAUCAGGAAGCCGUCCUCCACCUUACACCAUCACCUGACUUUGUGUUAACGUUCACGUGAAGCUCGUUCGCGGUCGCAGGUCGACGUGACUCUGAAGUGGCGAUGGGACGCUUCACGGUUGGUUGCCUGUUCGUGAUGUUUAUCGGCACCGCAGCAGCAGCAAGAUACGAACCCACCUGGGAAUCUGUGGACUCCAGACCGCUGCCGGAGUGGUACGAUCAGGCCAAGUUUGGCAUCUUCAUCCACUGGGGGGUCUUCUCUGUCCCGAGCUUCGGCAGCGAGUGGUUCUGGUUCUACUGGCAGAAACAAAAAGCCAAGCCGUAUGUUGACUUCAUGCAGAAGAAUUAUCCCCCAGACUUCAAAUAUCAAGACUUUGCACCGCAGUUCACUGCUGAGUUCUUUGAUGCCAACGAGUGGACGGACAUCUUUGCCUCAUCGGGGGCAAAGUACAUCGUCCUGACCACAAAACACCAUGAAGGUUUCACACUCUGGGGCUCCAAAAACUCCUGGAACUGGAACGCAGUGGAUGUUGGACCUGGAAGAGACCUGGUGGAGGAAGUGGCUACUUCCCUCCGGGCCAACAGUGACCUGCGUUUGGGGCUGUAUCACUCUCUCUUUGAGUGGUUUAAUCCGCUCUUUGAACAGGACGCUGCCAAUGCCUUCACUACAAACUACUUUCCAGCCACUAAAUCUCUGCCUGACCUUCAUGAGCUCAUUGUCAAGUACAAACCGGAGCUGCUGUGGUCUGACGGGGACGGAGAUGCACCUGACAAGUACUGGAACAGCACGGGGUUCUUGGCCUGGCUCUACAAUGACAGUCCUGUAAGAGACACGGUGGUGACGAAUGAUCGCUGGGGCUACGGCUCCAUCUGCACCCACGGAGGGUAUUACACCUGUGCCGAUCGCUACCAGCCAGAAAAACUGCUCAACCGCAAGUGGGAAAGCUGCAUAUCCAUCGACUCAAAGUCCUGGGGUUACAGACGCGACGCUGCUCUCAAAGAUUACCUCACCACCCAGCAGCUUGUAGCCAUGUUGGUGGAGACGGUUUCCUUUGGAGGAAACCUGCUGUUGAACAUCGGCCCGACACACGACGGAAGGAUCGCUCCCAUCUUCCAGGAGCGUCUGAGGGACAUGGGUCAGUGGCUGAAGGUCAACGGAGAGUCUAUUUACAACACAACAGCAUGGCGGGUUCAGAAGGACACCGUCAGUCCCACUGUCAGGUACACUUUCAGACCAAAGGAAAAGAGCAUCUUUGCUCUUCUACUGGAGUGGCCCAAAAAUGGAUCCGUGAUUCUGGAUGCACCUGUGGUUACUGAAGGAAGGACCCAGGUGGAGCUUGUAGGGUACGGGCCUCUGAAGUGGGAACCUGUGAAGGCCAGCGGGCUGCGGGUUCUCCUCCCCCAGCUGUCAAUCAGCCAGAUGCCUUGCCAGUGGGCCUGGGCACUGAGGCUGACAGGUGCCACUUAAAGGGAAACGAGACCAGCAGAAAAGAAACAGGCCGAGCUGCAGGCCGAGAGAAGGAGACAUCGUUUUAUUGUACUGUACUGAGUUGCACCUAAAAAAUAUGGUCUUUUUGAUAUACUGAACAUGAAUACAUGAUCAUUGAUUAUGAUCUGUUACCUUUUUAAGAUUACAUUUUUACAGCUCCAAAGGGGGGAUGGGAAUGAAGUACAUUUAUUCAAGGACAGUACUCUUCAGUACUUCCAUUUUAAACAUAUUCAUGCAUUCCACAGUGCAAUAUUUUGGAAGCCGAUAUUAGACCGUGCACUUAAAUAUACAAAGAAGUUGAAUGCAGGACUUUUACCUGCCCUAGUGUUUUUUUACGCUUUUGUGUAACUACUUUUACUGGGAAAAUAACUUCUUAACUUGGGGCCAUAUAUGUAAUUUCAUGUUGACCUAAAUAUGAUGUGCAUUAUUCAUCAUGUGACCUCUGACACAAAAUUGUCUAUUGGGAUUAUUUGUAAGCCUAUGUAUUUGUAUGAGUUGUUCAUGCAGUCUGAUGCACUGGCCGGUGUUGUGAAUGUUUUUGUAUGUCACGGAUUGCAAAUAAAUGGGAAUGUGAAUAAAAGAAAUGAAGCCUUUUGGAUCACUACAAUG